AUGGCCGUCUUUAUGAUUAACAUCUGUAAAUUCAAUGGUUGUGGUAUAACUUUUCCACGCCUGGCAGACCUCAUAGAACACAUCGAAGAUGUACACAUAGAUUACGAUCCAGCUGUCGUGGAACAAAAAGAAGCUUCGCAGCCAUCAUGCAUUCCAUUAAGUUACGUUUUAAAAUUUUUCACCGAGGCAUCGCGGCGGGAGUUUCAAAUGGCGCCGGUCGCCGAUGUUCGGAAGAGGCUUCUUUCCACGCCAAACACCCCAUCAGUGCGCAGCAGUACACCUACAGGUAGUGAAAUGGACGACGAAGAAGUGAUGAGUCCGUCUGAAGACAGCAACGAUUCCUGGACCAACGUCGAGGAAUAUAGCUCAGAAUACAUUCUUCAGUAUGGUGUCAAAAUGAACGCAAGCGCAACUUCUGGGGCCCUUGGUCCAGCCGCCCAAGAGAAGCCUUUUGCGUGUCCAGUGCCAGGUUGCAAGAAACGGUACAAAAAUGUUAACGGUAUCAAAUACCACUCCAAGAAUGGUCACAAGAAGGACGGAAAGGUAAAAAAGGCCUACAAAUGCCACUGCGGCAAAAGUUACAAAACGGCUCAAGGUCUUAAAAACCACUCCAUAUCACACCACGUAACCGCUUCGACAUCCUCCGAGCGGGUGCACGUCAAAAUGCCGGGCCUCGUCGUCACAGCCUCACCGGCCCAACGACAGUUGAACAUCAUAGACAACAUAGACACGAAUAAGUUAGUACGAAUCUACGACAGCAUAAAAACCAAGGAUCUACCCUCAUUCACUAUACCGAAACAUAACCUUACUAAUUUAAAUGUUAUUAGCGCCAAUAAGAUUAGGCAUUCGGUCCUCUUAGCUUCCAAUUCGGCCGGUUCGAUCCCCAUAGAUAAAAUAAAGUUCGAAAGAGCGCCGAAAGUGACUGUCACCUCGCAGGAUUUGGCCUACCAUAGCGAAAUUUCUAAUGUCAGCGAACACAGGGGUUAA